UAGGAAUAAGAUUGUUUCCCGUAGUUUAGUUCUUUCUACUAUAUAAAUAUACAAUAUAUACAUAUACACAAAGUCGUCCUAUUUGUGUAACAAAGAAAAAUCUCAAAGCAUUGCCGCAAAACAGAAAGAGGCGCUCCGUACUUCAUCAAUCAUCAAUCAUCAAUUGUGAAAUAUGGCGAAUUUCGUCAAGCCUGAAACUGCACUGAAUCGUGCAGAAGGGUUAAUAAACGUUGGCCAAAAGGAAGAAGCGCUUAAAGGGCUUCAUGACGUAAUAAUUGCCAGCAGGAAGUUUCGAUCAUGGCAGAUUCCCCUGGAGAAGCUCAUGUUCUUAUAUGUGGAGCUUUGUGUUGAGUUGGAGAGGGUUUGGUUUGCGAAAGAUGGUUUGAUUCAAUACCGCAACGUCUGCCAGCAAGUCAACAUCAGUUCCCUGGAAUCUGUGAUUCAGAAAUUCUUGGAUUUGGCUACCAAAAAGGCUGAAAUUUCCCUGGCACAAGUAGGCCUGGAACCUGAUGAUGAUCUUAUGUUGAGUCAUAAAAAUUCAGGGUUGGAGUUAUUGUUUCAGGCUUACAGAACUUCUGACCAUGAUCUUAACUUGAGUUAUAAAUAUUCAGGGUUGAAGUUUUUGUUUGAGGCUUACAGAACAGUGUUGGAAACUCUGAAGAACAACUCUAUGUUAGAGGAGCUUUACGCGGCUACUGCUCGCCGCGCCUUUCAGUUCUGUAGACAGCACAAUCGAACUGCAGAGUUUAGAAGAUUGUGCGAGACAAUUCGGAAUCAUCUUGCAAAUUUUGUCAAGUACAGUGAGGACCAGAAGGAUAAUCGUCAUUGGCCUGAUGUGUCUCUCCCUGAGACCUUGCAGUUGUAUCUGAAUACCCGGUUCGAACAGUUGAAUGUUGCUACCGAGUUGCACCUCUGGCAGGAGACUUUUCGCUCUGUUGAAGAUAUUCAUGGACUAAUGUCCAUGGUGGGAAAAACUCCCAAGGCUUCAUUGAUGGUGGUUUAUUAUGCCAGGAUGGCUGAAAUAUUUUGGAGAUCUUCCAGUCAGCUUGGUCAUGCUUAUGCUUUGCUCAAACUUUUUACCAUCCAAAAGAGUUUUAAGAAGAACUUGAGCCAGAGGGAUUUACAGUUGAUAGCAUCCUCUGUUGUGUUAGCUGCACUUUCAGUUCCUCCUUAUGACCACCAUUCACACGGUGGUAGUGCAUCUCAUUCGGAGCUUCAGCUUGAGAAAGAGAAGAAUCUGAAGAUGGCCAGCAUUAUUAGAUUUGAUGUGGAACACAAAUCUGACAGCCACGAAGUGCUUUCUCGGGCCGGACUUUUUGCAGAGCUGGAAUCGAAAGGGGUACUGUCACGUGUCACUCAAGAAGUAAAGGAUCUUUACCAUCUGCUGGAAGACGAGUUUAUUCCUUUGGAUUUGGCAACAAAAGUACAGCCACUGUUGGCUGAAAUCUCAGAGCUUGGGGUAACACUUUAUUCGGCUCCUUCUGUUUCAGAAAUCCAGAUGAGUCGAUAUGUUCCUGCGCUCGAAAAGAUGGCCACAGUGAGGUUGUUGCGGCAGGUGUCACAAGUUUAUCAAACAAUUAAGAUUGAUCACUUAUCCAAGAUGAUCUCGUUCUUCGAUGACUUUGCUCUCAUCGAGAAGCUGUCAGCUGAUGCUGUGAAACACAAUUUUAUUGCAGUGAAAGUUAAUCACUUGAAGGGUGUUGUUUCCUUUGGUCAACAAAAAUUAGAAUCAGAUGACCUAAUGGAUCACUUGACCCAGUUUGCUGAAUCUUUGAGCAAUGCCAGCGUCCUGAUCUAUCCUUCAAAGCAGAAAGCUCACAAGAUAGGGAAAAAUUUGCUUCUUAAUUUAUCAGAGGUUGUGGAAGAGGAGCACAAAAGACUUUUAGCUCGUAAGUGCAUAAUUGAGCAACGCAAAGUGGACCAAGAGCGACAACUCAUUGAGAUGGAGAAAGAGAAAGAUAAAGAUUCAAAGAAGUUGAAGGAGCAAGUGAUUAUUGAAGAGGCAGACCAAAAGAAGCUUGCUACUGAGCGUCAGUUGAGGAAGCAUCAGAAUUUGCUUAAGGAAAAAGAAGAGAAGGAAAAAGAAGAGAGGGAGAGAGAAAAGAACCAAGUUCUGCAGAAACAGAGGGAGAGUCAAGAAAAGGAGAAAAAGUUACUGGAACUCUUUAAAACGGAGGAUCAUUUGGAGAGAGCCAAAAGGGAAGAGUCGGCAACCCUUGUAGAAGCUGCCUUUCAACAGCGAAUAGUGGUAGAGGCUGCUCAUCACGAACGCGAGCAACAGCAAGAGAUUGAGUUGAGCAGACAACGCCAUGCAGGUGAUCUUAAGGAGAAGAGCAGGCUUGAGCGCAUGUUGGAGAACAAGAGAAUAUACCAGGAAAGAGUUGUGGGACCAAGGGAAGCUGAAUUCAACCGGUUAAGAAAUGAGAGACAAUACAAAUUGAACAUCAUUCAAGCACGGAAACAGGAUAGGACGGUCCGGAGAAAGAUGAUAUUUUAUCUGAGACUUGAGGAGGAGAGGCAAAGGAAACUGCGUGACGCUGAGGAGGAAGCCAGGAAGCUUGAAGAAGCGCGAAAGAUUGAAGAAAUUGAGAACCAAAGGAAAGAGGAAGCCCCUCCUCCUGUUGCCCCUUCAAGGUACGUACCCCCUUCUCGAAGGAAUGAGGAAGCCCCUCCUGCACACCCAGAGCCUGUGGCCACUCCACCCGCACGUAGAAAGUAUGUGCCCCCUAAACGAUCGCAAGGAGACGGUCCUGAAACUCGGAAAUGGGGCCGACCCGAUGACAGAUCCGGCUUUGGAGGUGCUGGUGGUUCAAGGUGGUGA